AUGAACAAACUUUCCUCCUUCCCAUUACUCUCAUUGCUCUUCGUCGUCUCUAACCUAAUCGACCCCUCGUUCUGCGACUCGGCCGCGACUCAAAGGUUAAUCAAAGAUGUAUGCAUACACACUUCGGACUAUAAUUGGUGCACAAGCAUUCUCAGUAGAAACCUCGUUUCACCAGACUCGAGCCUCCAAGACAUCACGAAGCUAACAAUGGAUAUAGCCGUAAGCGCCGCCAAUUUCACUCAUUCGACAAUCCGGAGUUUGGAGACGAUCGUGAAAAGGCCGAACGUGAAACAACUCUUAGUGGGGUGCGAAGGUAAUUACAACACAGUUGUAACGUACUUGGAAUUCGCAAAGAGCGCGGCUUACUCAGGAUCUUUCGAAGUGAUCCCGACUUGGAUAUUUAACUCGAAUAAGCAUGUUUAUUUCUGCCAAAACAAGAUCAAGAAUGUGGUUCCUCUCAUUUUUAAUAUGAACAAGAAAAUGAGGGUCUUGUUUUCUAUGGCAACAUAUGAAGCACUAGGAAUUCACUAG